UAUGAUCCACCUCUAAUGGUGCAAACGGGAUAAAAAAAUAACUGGAAUUCCGCUUAAAUUCCAAUGAAAAAUUGGGUGAAAAGCAGGAUUUAGGGAUUCGGCACUGUCAUCAGCCCAUCGUUGGUUUGCAAUGGAAGGCGUGGUCCAGCGACAGGCGGUCAAGCGAUCGCGCUCGGCGGACGACGACGACGCCAACAACAACCUCACCCAGCGGAAGGUCUGGGUGAACCAGAAGAUGAGCGACGCGCGCAACCCGCAGAAGAUGAAGGAGGUGCACGAGAAAACAACCAAAAUGCUUUUCGACGGUGCAGCCGGCGGCGGACAGGGCCAGGGCCAGAACCCCUCGGGCGGAGUGGGCCAGGGCCAGGAGCAGCCCGCCCUCUGCGAGCAGUACCAGCUGCUGGGCGACGGCACCAUCCUGCUGCGCAACCUGCGAGCCGACUUGUCCAACCCGCGCCUGGAGCGCCACAAAUCCCGCUGUUGCCAGCGCCCAACCCUCAUCCACGACAUCUGCGUCAACUGCACCAUGGACCUCUGCGAGGAGUGCGGCUAUUCCUGCGGCGAGUGCUCGAAGUUCAUAUGCCGCAGCUGCGUCACAUUGUUUGGUAAUCGUCCUGCGGAAGCCGAGGAUCCGCUGUGCGAGGGCUGCCAGAUGUUCUGCACCUAGGGACCUCCUGGCCAAGGGUCCUCGCCAUCCAGAAAGCUGCAGCCAUUCUCACACAGUCACGCGUCACAAAGGAAUGUUGGUGCUCGUUAAAUUUUAAGUUCUGAAUGAGUACAAAUUCGGCACAACUCAAAAACACAUAGGUCUGUAGUUUUUAUAUAUUUUUUCGAAGAGGCAAAUUUUCCACAAAUACAAAAAAAAAAUAAACAUCUCGGUGUCCGGUACUCUACACCUUGCCCCUGAACUUGUGGUACUUCUCGUGCUCCUUCACCAAGCUCUCGUACAUCCUGGCGCCCGCCUCGCUGCUGGAGCGCAGGAUGAAGUGUCCGGCGCGGUGGUCGCAGAUCCCGAUCAGCUCGUGGCACACGCGCACUAUGUGGACCUUGACCUGCAGAGGAGAAAGUAUUGUUAAGAUUAAAGUAGUGUGCCAAAUGUGUUCCUCAUAAAACUAAGCAGAACUGCGUUAGUUGAACUAACUGCGGAAUGAACUGAAUAAAUUUACUCUUAGAAAAGUGAAGAAA